UCUUGAAUUGUGCCGCGAGAACUUUGACGUGUAGCUGAGUCAAAGGAUCGGCACGAUGAAAUUGCAGGUGAGACCGCUGAAAGGGGAAACUUUCGACUUGGAGGUCGAAGCAGAUUGGACGGUUGAGGCUGUGAAAGCAGCAAUUGCUGGAAUGAAGCCUGACCUGCCUGCUGAGCUGCAGAAAGUCAUGCACAAGGGAAAGGUUUUGCAAGACUCUGACACGCUGCAGGCGGUUCAAAUCGGCGAUGGCGACUUUGUCGUCAUAAUGAUGGCAAAGGCCAAGCAGGAGGCUCCAGCGGCGCCUGCCCCCCCUGCUGCGCCUGCUGCCCCUGCGCCCGCCGGUCCCGUUGCGCCCGUGGCGCCGGCGCCGCCGGCGCCGCCAGCGGGACCACAGGCACCAGUGGAAAACGAGAUAGCGAUACAGAGUCUGUGUGACAUGGGUUUCCCACCUGAAUUGGUCAGGCAAUGCUUACGGGCUGCCUUCAAUAAUCCUGACAGAGCUGUUGAGUACUUGACCAGUGGCAUUCCAGCGCAUUUGCAGCAUUUGGCUUCAGGCGAGCCACCACCUGCGCCAACUCCAGCUCCAGCAGCCCCCGCGGCACCGCCAAUGCCAGCGAGUCAGCCUACAAGGCCCUUUGUUCCUCCAGCUCCAGAAACAGGACCCUUGGCGACGCUGGCAAACCAUCCACGCUUCAACCAACUUCGAGUAGCGGUGCAACAGCAUCCGAGUACGUUGAACCAAGUGCUGACUUUGAUUGCCAAGGGUGAUCCCAACAUGAUCACGCUCAUUGCAGAGAACCAGGAAGAGUUUGUGCGGCUGUUGUCCCAGCCCCCGGCAGCAAACGAUCCUAUAGCAGCAAUGCUUCAAGCUGCGCAGGCAGGUGGCGUUGCACCUGGCGCCCCUGGCCAGCCUGGCCAGCCUGUCCCGGCGCCGGCGCAGCCCCAGCUUGGUCCUACAGGCGAAGAGGCCGUCCAGCGCUUGCAAGGGCUUGGGUUUCCUCGAAACUUGUGCGUGGAGGCAUACUUGGCUUGCGACAGAAACGAGGAGAUGGCGGCAAACUUUCUCUUCGAUCGAAUGGAGGAGUCCUAAAUUCGGGAGAGCCAAAA